UAUUUUUUUUCAAUCAUACGUUUAAUUCAUAUCGCAUUAAACUAAAAAUGAAGCGAAAUCCAUUCGUUACUAUCUCAAGGAGAAAAAAUAGAAGGAGGCAUUUUAACGCGCCUUCUCAUAUCAGAAGGAAAAUAAUGAGCUCCCCGCUAUCCAAAGAAUUAAGAACAAAAUAUAGCGUUAGAAGUAUACCCAUUAAAAAAGACGAUGAAGUUCAAGUUGUAAGAGGACAUUUUAAAAGUCAAACGAUAGGAAAAGUUGUUCAAUGUUAUAGAAAAAAAUUUGUUAUACAUAUUGAAAGAAUUCAAAGAGAAAAGGCAAAUGGUGCAACCGUUUUUGUUGGUAUUCAUCCUUCUAAAGUCGUAAUUGUUAAAUUAAAAAUGGAUAGAGAUAGAAAACGAAUCUUAGAGCGUAAAGCACAAUAUAAGAAGCUGGAUAAAAGUAAGGGCAAGCAUACUGAAGCAUCAAUAUCUGCAGAUGCCAUGGAAAAUUAAAUUACUAUAUAUAUAUAUAUACAUAAUUUUUUAUGAUAUAUUAUACAAGAUGUAACUUAAUAAAGUAAUUAAACAA